GUGGGCACAGGUGGGUGGCACUGGUGGGCACAGGUGGGUGGCACUGCUGGGCACAUGUGGGGGCACUGCUGGGCACAGGUGGGGGCACUGCUGGGCACAGGUGGGUGCACUGCUGGGCACGGGUGGGCGCACUGUUGGGCACAGGUGGGCGCACUGUUGGGCACAGGUGGGCGGAACUUGUGUGUGGCACAGGUGGGCACCGAUCAUCAGGGCACUGAUGAUCAGUGACCCUGAUGAUUGGUGCCGAUCCCUGUUCUGACAACUGCCGGUUUUCGGCAGUACUUUCCUCACGAUCUGACAGCGUGAGGAAAGUGCAGCCGAGAACCGGCAUUUGCAU